AUGCAUCAUCCCGUGUCGUGUUGGCUCCACCGGGUAAGAAGCGAAUUCCAUGCCUGCAGAACGUCCAAGGUCAAGUGUGAUGGGAAGAGGCCUUGCACCAGGUGCAACAAGCUAAAAAAGCGAUGUGUCUUUUUCCACAUCCCAAAGGACCCUGCUACGGAGAGACUCGAAAAUGUCGAAGCUGAGGUUCGUCAUCUCAGAGAGCAAGUGGAUGCUCUACGUGAUCUUCUGCAGUCAUGUUCAGAUUCGGACGCCCGAGGUCUCGUCACUGAGAGACAAGCGCCUCAUAGAGCGAUUCUGCCUUCCGGCGGACAAGGCCCAGAUUGCCAUAUGUCCCCUGCUUCUCAGAUGAUACUUGGGCCCACCGUUGUGCCUCAACUUCCUGAGGGCAGUUGUGUAGAUGCCCCAGCUGGCGACCAGCCUGGGGUACACGGGCUGGCUGCGAGCCCUGGAGAAGUUUCUACCCAUUCUCGCAUGCAAACUGUCAUUACAGAAGCAGGCAGUGUGACGAAGAGAAAAAGGUCUGGCUUCGAGAUACGUGAUGAGCCAGUUGCAGAUUUUAUCUCGAAGGGUUUGAUGACCCCAGACCAUGCCAUUUCUUGUUUCAACACUACUUCUGUAUCGUCCUCCUGGUUUGCUGAUACGUACUGUCAUAAACAGGACAGGUAUAUCCCGAUAUUCGACCCCGAGUACGACACCUUUGAUUCGGUGCGCUCGCGAAGCAGCAUACUACUCAACGCUAUCUGCACAAUAGGAAGCCGCAUCGAACCCAGGUUCGGUCCUCAGAUAUCUGAUAUACUGCACGCAGAGCUCAAGAAAUGGAUCAAUGUCAUCAUCCAAAACAAGAGGUUGAACUGCUUGGAGUCUGUUCAAGCAUUGCUUGUUGUUGCCUGCUAUUCUGCGGAGCGCUCGUUGAUCUUAUCCUUCGCGACUCGAAUGGCCCUAGAUCUGGGCCUGGAUGAAGCGUUUGAGGAGCUGACGCAGCGUAUGUCGAUGGAAGAAGUUGAUGAGUUACAUGGAGCUUCUGGACCUCCAGAGGAAGAAUGCAGUUUGAUGCGAAAAUCCAGAACCUGGUUCGGCCUACUGGUCUUGGAGCAUAUUUUUCGUGUCGAUGGCGGCAAGCCGCCGGGCAUCCGGUUGCUUGGGAACUCACGUCGGUGUCGAAUCUUGCUCAAACAUCCUUCGUCGACUGUUCUGGAUCUGCGUCUGUUCUCCCAAGUUGAGGUAGAUACACCGAAAGGCUGCUUUUCUGUGAACCUAGCUGACCAUUUAUUACAGCUAAACGCCAUUAGAGCUAGUAUCAACGAUACCUUGAGCGGCAAAGAGACUCUUAUUCGCUCAGACAUUGCUGGGUUCGUACAAGAGGUCAAGGUUGAACUUGAUCUCUGGUUCGAAGGACUCGAUCCCCGCCGAAGCGGAAAAGCCGUUUCUCCUGCUCGCACUGCGCGUACAGAAAUGCUGGGCCGAGAUGAUGCUUUACUGCAAGGCACUGCGAUCAAUGGGCGUAGAGAACGUUGCGUGCGUGUUUCCGACCUAGAUCCCUCCCCGGCUCGUCAGCUAACUUCCGACAGAGCGAUGUCUCCCUCCGAGCGAAAUAUCCUCGUCAUGGCCAAGGCCAGCGCCCGCAAACACCUGGUCCUGAUCAGCAGCGAGCCGGACUUCUACCUCGCGAAACUGAAAUACGCCAUGGACUUUGUCUGGGCCAAAUGCGCCUUCUGCUUUCUUCUCCUCCUGAAGCUGUCCCGUCUCCUGCCGGAACGGAAAGAAGAACACCAGGAGCUCCUCGAGCACGGGAACCGACUGCUCAGCGAACUGACCAAGAGCGCGGACUCCCACGGCAACACGAACGGCAGUAGCAAGAUCUACCUGCAGAUUCUCAAGCUCAGCAUCGAGAAGUACGGGAGGGCUGUGCAGGAGAGCGGGAUGGAUGUCGAUCAGGCGGCCAUGGUCCCAUUCUGGGAGCUGUUCGACGCGCAGGCGGAUUUGCAGUCAUUUGUGCCCGAGCAGUUUGUGACGGAAUGGGAUUUUCCAGGCCUGAAUCUGUUCUAUUUCCCUACCGCGUGGCAGGAUUUCUUUGGGGAUUUUUCAUUGGCGAUCUAG